AUGUCAAGUCACGAGAUUGAUGAGAAGCCGGUUUUUCAAUCUACUGUGGACUCACCUGAAGCAGCAGGCGAGCAGCAACAAGCUCACAGAGGGUCACCAAGUGAUGGAUCCAAGCAUGGCUCUCAAGACCAUGUGAAAGAAAGGGAUAGGGAGUAUAGCAGAAGCAGAGACAGGGAAAGGGAAAGAGGUCGUGACAAAGACAGGGACAGGGCAAAGGAUAAGGACCGUGGACAUGAAAGAGAGAGGGAUAGAGAAAGAGAAAGAGACAGGGAUAGGGAAAAAGAUAGGGAAAGGGAUAGAGACAAGGACCGUGAUCGUCAUCACCGGGACAGACAUAGGGACCGAAGUGAGAGAAGGGAGAGGACCAGAGACAGGGAUGAUGAUGAUGACCACUACAAAAGCCGAGAUCAUGACAGGCGAAGGGAUUACGAUAGAGACAGGGAGGACAGACGCAGUCGCAGAUCUGGAUCUCGAUCAAGGGCUAGAUCUGAGCACAGAUCUAGGUCCAGGUCACGUUCACGUGAACGUUCACGCAAGAGAAUGAGUGGUUUCGACAUGGCUCCACCUGCUGCAUUGCUUCCCAAUCCCGCCGCUGCUGUUGCAGCAGGUCAGCUGCCUGGGACCACCCCUGUUAUGCCUGGAAUGUUUCCUAAUAUGCUACCUCUGGCAGCUGGACAGUUGGCAGCGCUUCCGAUGAUGCCUGUCCAAGCAAUGACUCAGCAGGCUACAAGACAUGCUCGGCGGGUCUAUGUUGGUGGGCUCUCUGCAACUGCUAAUGAACAGUCCGUGGCUACCUUCUUCAGUCAUGUUAUGUCAGCAAUUGGAGGAAAUACUGCUGGUCCAGGAGAUGCUGUGGUCAAUGUUUAUAUCAACCACGAGAAGAAAUUUGCUUUUGUGGAGAUGCGAUCUGUUGAGGAGGCCAGCAAUGCGAUGGCUUUAGACGGCAUUAUGUUCGAGGGUGCACCAGUUAAAGUGAGAAGGCCGAGUGAUUAUAACCCUUCACUGGCAGCAACUCUUGGCCCCAGUAUGCCCAAUCCCAAUCUGAAUCUUGCUGCUGUUGGGCUCACACCAGGAUCUUCUGGUGGGCUUGAAGGCCCAGAUCGCAUAUUUGUCGGAGGUUUACCAUAUUAUUUUACGGAAGCACAGGUUAGAGAGCUGCUGGAGUCCUUUGGGCCGCUUAGGGGCUUUGAUCUGGUCAAAGAUAGAGAAACUGGGAACUCCAAGGGCUAUGCGUUUUGCGUUUACCAGGAUCUGUCUGUAACGGACAUUGCUUGUGCAGCUCUCAAUGGUAUAAAGAUGGGAGACAAGACUCUUACUGUCAGACGUGCUAACCAGGGUGUGCAACCUAACCCUGAGCAAGAGAGUGUGCUACUCCACGCCCAACAACAAGUAGCCUUGCAGAGGCUUAUGUUGGCACCUGGCGGGAUUACGCCUGCUACAAAGAUUGUGUGCUUGACUCAAGUGGUGACUGCAGACGAGCUCAAGGAUGAUGAAGACUAUGAGGAUAUAGUAGAGGACAUGAGAACUGAAUGUGCAAAGUUUGGUUCUUUAGUGAAUGUAAUCAUUCCUCGGCCGUCUGCCAAUGGUGACAUGUCCCCUGGUGUAGGAAAGGUAUUCUUGGAGUACUCGGACACUGAGAGUUCUACAAAAGCACGACUAGGGCUUAAUGGAAGGAAAUUCGGUGGAAAUCAAGUCGUUGCCGUUUUCUAUCCUGAGAAUAAGUUCUCUGAAGGAGAUUACAGUGGCUAG